CCCCGCCCCUCGGCCCCCCCCCCCAGCACCCCGGCCUCGGGGGGUGUGACAAUGGACUAUGACUUUAAAGUGAAGCUGAGCAGCGAACGGGAGCGGGUCGAGGACCUGUUUGAAUACGAGGGCUGCAAAGUUGGUCGAGGCACUUACGGGCACGUCUACAAGGCGAAGAGGAAAGAUGGGAAGGACGAUAAAGACUACGCUUUAAAACAAAUAGAAGGAACUGGAAUCUCCAUGUCAGCAUGCAGAGAAAUAGCAUUACUUCGAGAGCUUAAGCACCCAAACGUCAUCUCUCUUCAGAAGGUGUUUCUGUCUCAUGCUGAUCGGAAAGUAUGGCUUCUCUUUGACUAUGCUGAACAUGACCUCUGGCAUAUAAUUAAGUUUCACAGAGCUUCAAAAGCCAACAAGAAGCCAGUUCAGUUACCUCGGGGAAUGGUGAAAUCACUGUUGUACCAGAUCCUAGAUGGGAUUCACUAUCUCCAUGCCAACUGGGUGUUACACAGGGAUUUGAAACCUGCUAAUAUUUUAGUUAUGGGUGAAGGUCCCGAGCGAGGAAGAGUAAAAAUUGCUGACAUGGGCUUUGCCCGAUUAUUUAAUUCACCUUUGAAGCCUUUAGCAGAUUUGGAUCCAGUGGUUGUAACAUUCUGGUACCGAGCUCCAGAAUUACUCCUUGGAGCACGACAUUAUACCAAAGCAAUUGAUAUUUGGGCUAUAGGGUGUAUAUUUGCAGAACUACUAACGUCAGAACCAAUAUUUCACUGUCGACAAGAGGACAUCAAAACUAGUAACCCUUACCACCAUGACCAGCUGGACAGAAUAUUCAAUGUAAUGGGAUUCCCUGCAGAUAAAGAUUGGGAAGAUAUAAAAAAGAUGCCCGAACAUUCAACAUUAAUGAAAGAUUUCAGAAGAAAUACGUACACCAACUGCAGCCUUAUCAAGUAUAUGGAAAAGCAUAAAGUUAAACCUGAUAGUAAAGCAUUCCAUUUGCUUCAGAAGUUGCUCACUAUGGACCCAAUAAAGCGAAUUACCUCAGAGCAGGCCAUGCAGGACCCCUACUUCCUAGAAGACCCACUUCCCACAUCAGAUGUUUUUGCCGGUUGUCAGAUCCCUUACCCCAAACGAGAAUUUUUAACAGAAGAAGAACCUGAUGACAAAGGAGACAAAAAGAACCAGCAGCAGCAGCAGGGCAAUAACCACACUAACGGAACUGGCCAUCCGGGGAACCAGGACAGCGGCCACGCACAGGGGCCCCCCUUGAAAAAAGUGAGAGUUGUCCCUCCUACCACUACCUCAGGUGGACUCAUCAUGACCUCCGACUAUCAGCGUUCCAAUCCACAUGCUGCUUAUCCCAACCCUGGACCAAGCACAUCACAACCCCAGAGCAGCAUGGGAUACUCAGCUACCUCCCAGCAGCCUCCACAGUACUCACAUCAGACACAUCGGUACUGAGCUGUGCUGGAGUCUGUCAGUGCACUGUUGCUCAUGCUGCAGGGCUGGCUGCAGCACUCUGCGGGAACCUGGUGUGGGCCAUGCGAAUGUACUGUACAACCACAUCUUCACAAUGUCCAAUAGCCAAGUUCCACCAGUUGUCACAGAUUGGGGUGGUAGCUUCCAGGUUGUACCUAAGUUUGGAGUUAGACUUGAAAAGAAAGUGCUAGCACAGUUGUGUCGUCGGUUUGCUACUUCCAUAGUUUACUUGACAGGGUUCAGACUGACCAAGCAUAGUUUUCAGUGACAGUCUGUAGCAGUUGAAGCUGUGAAAUGUGCUAGGGCAAGCAUUUGUCCUCGUGUGUGGUGACUUUCAGUGUAACAGCGUUAUCUGACCAAUAGUACACACAAGACGUAAGGUUUAACUGGUACUUGAAACACAGAUUAUGUUAACAAAAUAACUGAGACUUUAAAAGAUUAUUUUGGUACACCUUUCUUUUUAGUGUCUUAUCAGUGGGUUGAUUCAUCAUCUACAGAAAUCAGUGUUUUAUGACCAAGAAUAUCGCUUGGAUUGUUUUGAAAGUACAAAAGAACUGCAUAGUUUCUACUGACAGGUUUCAGAACUCCCAAAGAAUAAUUUCCAACUUAGAAGUUUGUUUUUAUUGUCAACCUAUGACUUGACUGGUCUUAAAGCUGCUAUUUGAUAGUAAUUAAAUAUGUUGUCAUUGAUAUAAACCUGUUUGGUUCAGCAAACAAACUGAGAUGAUUGUCACAGACAGUGUUUUAUUUUUCUCGUUGGUGUUGCUGAUUUGUGAGCAUGCUUUCCGAUGAAAAAAGCAUGAGUGGUAACCUCCUUAAAAAGGCACGGCAUCCAGUUCACAUUCUUUUGUCCUGAUUUAAAGCUGGGUAGUAUAGUGCUCUUUAAACUUUGUUCAGUUGACUUUUCUUUUUAAAAAGUUGUUCACACAUUUUUUUAGGGUGCCCUUACUUCAGCAAAGGAGAAGGAGUAGGAGAGCCUUAGAAUUUUUGAGGGGAAAAUACAAAGCUAUAACAUACAACGUACUGUAUCAAACUAUUUUACAUGAAUGACACAAGUAUUCUGAAUAAAAAAUUGAACAUUGUUAAAAACAAGGUGUUAUGUAAUAAAUUUAUUUUUCAUAAAUCAA